AAUGACGUCGGUCGACUCCGGGGUUGAGACUGGUAACGAUUCGAACGACAGCUCGGUCACCCACGAAAGCAACGUCUCCGCGAAUUUCAACUCUCCCCAGGGAUCAAAUGCUGGUAACAACAACGCGGGCAGUCAGUUUUCCAAUGUUGAAGUUGGACCGUCCCGACCUCUGGGUUUACCCAUCGCUUCGAUUUGCCCUGGUUUAAACACCAAUGCUGAUGGUCAAGGUACUUCGAAACCGAGCACCUCAGGACCUUUGGUAUUGCACGCCAAUGCCGAGCCUACAAAGGUUUUGGAGUUUCGCAUACCACCGAUGUACAUAGAGCCUCUUUAUGGAGCGAAUGGUCAACUGCUCAGUACAACGAUGGAGAUUUUGAAAACAAAUAUGCUUUGGUCUCCGCAACGGGCAGGAUCAACAUACCAUAGGAAAAUGAAACUGCAUGCCAUGCAGCGCAAAUCGAAGUUCAGGAUGAAAACGUGGCAGGAGUUUCAAGGGCCUCUCGACGAAAGGAAGAUGAGGCUGGCAGCUGCAACAAACAACAUUGAACUGAUGAGACGACUGUUAACAAGUGGUGUCUAUCCCAAUAAUCACGAUGAACAGGGAAGAUCCCCUCUCCACUUAGCAUCAUCCAGGGGUUACACGGACGUCGUGCGUCUAUUAUUGGAACACGGUGCGGAUCCGAAUCAGCGUGAUUGUCUCGGAAACACGCCUCUUCACUUGGCUGCGGUGACGAGUAAAAUAGCAGUAGUAACACUCUUGCUGAAAGCAGGAACGGACGUUCUCUCAUCUGACCAGCACGGGCACAACCCCCUUCAAUUAGCGCAGACAAAGUUGAGAUUAUUGCAAAGCUUCAAAGGUUCGGACAUGAAUAAGAUCAAAGAAGAAGUGCACAACGUGGUCGGCAUGCUGCUCGCCUAUUUGCAGAGGCAAAAAGAUGCCAGAGAACAGGUCGAGGCUCUCAGCACAUUCUGUUCCCGACUAUCUCUGUCCAAUACUUCGGAUGAAAUUCAAGGCGACGUCAGGGACUUAUUGGCUAACAUAGAUUCUCUCAGUCUUGCAAGUUAGAAAAAGAGUAAAUGAGACAAGUUGAAAUUGAAAAUUUUGGAUUUCGAUGUAUAUCUAUUUUAGUAUUCUAUACGUAUAUUAACGGUGUACUGAGUUUAGAGUCUGAUGAAAAGAAAAAAGAUGACAAAACGUAUGUAAAGCAAAAAAGAAACGAAACAAUUCCGUCGAUAUUAAAUAAUUUGGAUUGAAUAGUAACUAGAAAUUGUUGAAACUUUUAACGUUAAUCUAAUAUUUGUUCUAAUUUACCGUAUGUGCAAAUCGUCAAAUACGUAUAGAGCUUUGGAAAAUACAGGGUGGAUAUGAAAAGAGUCGUUUUUGAAUUUUUUUUUUACACUUGUAACUAUGUGUGUGGUAUACUCCGCCCAGCUGUUUAUUACAGGUUUUUUUUCUAAUAAACUCUAGCUACCAUUUAUUACAGACAAAAUUUAAACAAAGAAAAAUAUUGAAAAACGGCUGACCGAGUCUGUAAUUAAUCCACGUCGCACGACUAAAACUCGGACUAAAUUGUGCGCCUACGAUAUAAUAUACUUUGCAACCGAUACAUGCUAGUUGCAAAUUUUUAAUAAUUUUUAUAUGAGGUUUAAACUCGACAAGAUGGUCAAUUCGAUAUUAUUGAAUUUAUAGACAUGUGUAGGCUUUAGCGAUGUAUUUAUAAUCGCAUUGUCUAAGAAUUGAUCAUAUUGAAAUUCAUUUUCGUUUUCGCUUUGUUUUUCUUUUGAUUUACAUGGUGAAAACUUGAAUUUACAUAUAAUAAUGCAUGAAAUUUCUUGAAAGGAUGGUUUGAAUAUAGUUAUAGUUUUUAGAAUUAAAGAGAAAAGAAUUAGUAUCGUUUUUUGCUAAUAGGAUUUAGUGAUAUGAAUUUUCCUUAGUGAUGAGAAGAGCAGACUGUGAAAAUUUGUGCAAAUGUCAAUCUCAUUUAACUUUGAUAGCUUAUAGGCAAGCUAUUGUUGAGAGCUUUAGAGCAAUACUUGAAUUUUUCAAAGAACAACAGUUAAGUGAACCGUAAUUAGCCUGCAAUCAGUUGCAUCUUGGGAACUGAGGAUUGUAAAGAUAUUUUUUUUUUUAUCGGUUUAUCGUUCAUAUUUCAUACGAAUUUUGGAGAAUCCAACUAUGAAAUAUCUGAAAAAAUCACAGGUAUUCUCAACGCAGAUUAUUCGCUCACGAUGGAAUGGAUAAGAUUUUAGGAUUUAUCAUCGCGUAGACGUGAGAAUCGACUGACUUCGUGUAAAUCGUUGUACAAACUGAAUAACAAUUAUAAAAUUAAACAAUGAAUGAAAAAAAAAGAAGUAGAUAAAUCGUUAUGAAUCUAUGUAGAGUAUCGUACGCGAUUAACUCGCGAUCAUAUUGGUUUUAGAGAACAGUUUAACUCGAAAACUUGAAGUAGUAUCAUUUGCGUAAUUGUAUGAACUUGUAGUUGCGUGAUAAGGUGUUGAAAUCGUACAUUUCGCUAUCAAUUAUCAAUGUGUGUGAUUUAAGCAAUUCAUAUCCUAGCCCUACUACCUACUAAAAAUUCCCAAAUUCUCCCCAUAUUCAAUACCUACAAUGUUUAAUUUAUAAAAUUAAUAUGAAUUACGGGUGGUGUCAAGUUGACAAGUUUGAUAAAAAUUUUUUCGAUUUUAUAAAAGUUAUCUUACAAUAGAGCAAGCAUGCCUAGCCUUCUUUGGCUAAUUUAAUGACCAAAGGUGAAAAGUUUUUGCUCCAACUUACAUAACACGCAUCUAUGAAAAGUUAAAAAACCGCAGUUGCCGAUUAUAUGUGCCGUUUUUCACUCGCACGUCCGUGUCUUUGUAGUAGGUACGCAGUUUAUUUUUCCAACAUGUAAUCUUAUAUGUAAGUUAAGUAUCUUUAAUUAAGUCAUUAUCCGAAGGAGUUGCAGUUUUCAUUUUUAUUUUUUUUUUCUCGUUUUUAAUAUCAGCCUAUCUGUAUACGUAUAUGAUAAUUGACGAUUUUGCUCAUUAUUGUUAUGUAUUACUGUUGCAGCAGUCAGCUUCAUUUUUUUUUAUUAAGAUCAUUGAGUUGUAUAUAAUUAUUUGAUUGUUUGUUUUUAUUUUAAUCAAUAUUCUUCUUUCAAAAGAUGUACAUAACUGAUGUAGUAUGAUCAAUGCAUCAUUUGUACAUAUAAUACUAUAUUCUAUACUGUACUUAGAUAUUACACGCAUAUAAUUAUACGAUAACUACCGUUAUUAAGAAAUAACUGAAUAUAAUUAUAUAUAAAUAUGUGUAGUAUCUUGUGUAAACUUCAACGAGCCUGAUGAUACUUUUAUCGAUAAAGAAAAAAAAAUUUUUACGCUGUAAUUCUUAUAAAAUUAUUCUCAUAAUUAAUUGAACUGAAAAUACAGAUAAACGUCUUACUUCUCAAUAAAGUGAUACGAACGUUUUAUUGGAAAAUUGUAAUUUUGUUCUCCGUGUAAUCUUCUGAAAACUUAACAAAAAAUGUUAAGUUGUUCUGAAAAACCUUGAAUAAUGAAUUUAGAUGAAUGAUAAAAGCGCGACAGCUUGAAUAAUUUUCACCGCUCGACGAUACUAAAGUGAAAAUUGUUUUAUGCUGUCGUCAAUGACAUAAUGUCCGGGCAGUUACUCAAGGAAAAGGAGAAAUAUAAGAAGUUGCAGUGUUUCGAAAAACACUAGUAAACUGUACAAUAAUAUGAUAAAUUCAUAAUUUUUAUUAAUACAACUAAUAUUUUAGUAAUAAUUGCCGUAACAUUAAAAUGAAGUGCCUGGAUGGCAUUGUUUCACAAUUAUCAUUGACCAUUCUCGUACUAGUCGUUUAACAAAAAAUACAAUAAAAAAUAGCAACAAUAAUAAACGUAUAAAUUGACGAACGUGGUUUUCCAGUGCAUUGCGAAAUUGAUUAAAAAGAAAAAAGAUACAAGAGACAAUCCAAGCACCAAAUUUAAAUUUAACUUACAAUCCUUAAUUAUAUAUAGACUCAUAGUUUGUCUCGUAAUUUUUGGUAAAGCUAAAGUUUCAUAUCACGCUUAGUUCCCGUUACAGCAGAGAGUGAAGCAAAAAAAAAGAAAAAAAAUCACUACGGCUAGACUAUACCCGCAAAAUUUUCGCACAUAUAAGAAGUUGACUAUUAUUUCAAUACUCA